AUGUUGCAGGUACAAAUAGGCACACAUUCAUUUACUUUUGAUCGUGUCUAUGGGAGUAGUGGCACUCCUUCAUCUGCUAUGUUUGAAGAAUGUAUUGCCCCAUUAGUUGAUGGUUUAUUCCAAGGAUAUAACGCGACUGUUCUUGCUUAUGGUCAGACAGGAUCUGGAAAGACGUAUACAAUGGGAACAGGCUUCAAAGAUGGUUGCCAAAUGGGAAUAAUUCCUCAAGUCAUGAAUGUUCUAUUCAGCAAGAUUGAAGCUUUAAAGCAUCAAACCGAAUUCCAACUGCAUGUUUCUUUCAUUGAGAUUCUGAAAGAAGAAGUACGAGAUUUGCUGGAUCCCACCACUUUGAACAAAUCAGAUACUGCAAACGGGCAAACAGGGAAAAUAAAUCUCCCAGGGAAACCACCAAUACAAAUUCGUGAAACAUCAAAUGGUGUUAUAACACUGGCAGGAUCUACAGAAGUUAGUGUUAGUACUUUUAAAGAAAUGGCUGCUUGCCUAGAACAAGGAUCAUUAAGCAGGGCAACAGGAAGCACCAAUAUGAACAAUCAAUCAAGUCGUUCACAUGCCAUCUUCACCAUCACCUUAGAGCAAAUGCGCAAGCUCAAUCCAGUUUUCCCUGGUGAUAGCAAUCCAAAUGAUAGUAUGAAUGAAGAGUAUCUGUGUGCAAAGUUGCAUUUGGUAGAUCUUGCUGGAUCUGAGAGAGCGAAGAGGACUGGUUCUGAUGGCAUGCGUUUUAAGGAAGGAGUUCACAUCAACAAGGGCCUUCUUGCACUUGGCAACGUUAUCAGUGCACUUGGUGAUGAGAAAAAGCGAAAAGAAGGUGUUCAUGUUCCCUAUCGGGACAGUAAAUUGACUCGCCUUCUGCAGGACUCGCUUGGUGGUAACAGCAGAACUGUUAUGAUAGCUUGCAUUAGUCCAGCUGAUAUCAAUGCCGAGGAAACCCUCAACACCCUGAAGUAUGCAAAUCGUGCCCGCAAUAUCCAAAAUAAACCUGUUGUAAACAGAGAUCCGAUGUCCAGUGAGAUGCUAAAGAUGCGCCAACAACUUGAGUAUUUGCAGGCAGAACUUUUUGCCCGUGGAGGAGGGUGUUCAUCAGAUGAAGUUCAGGUUCUUAAGGAAAGGAUUGCUUGGCUUGAAGCUGCCAAUGAGGAUCUUUGCCGUGAACUUCAUGAAUACCGCAGCAGAUGCACUGCUGUGGAGCAACGUGAAACAGAUGCUCAAGAUGGCAGUAUCUGUUCUGUGAAAGUUGAUGGACUCAAAAGGAGCUUGCAUAGCAUAGAGUCACCAGAUUAUCAAAUGGCUGAAACUAUUUCUGGCGACUCCAGGGAAAUUGAUGAAGAAGUAGCGAAAGAGUGGGAGCACACACUUUUGCAGAAUACUAUGGACAAAGAAUUGUAUGAAUUGAACAGACGCUUGGAGGAAAAAGAGAGAAAUUCUAAAUGUUUGUUGCUUAUAUUUACUGGAACUUGUAAAACUGGGGGACAUCAUGUAAGAGAUGAAACUUUUGGAGGAGUUGACACUGCAGCUCUCAAGCAACACUUUGGCAAGAAAAUCAUGGAAGUGGAGGAUGAAAAAAGAACGGUGCAGCAAGAGAGGGACCGUCUGCUGGCUGAAAUUGAAAAUCUUUCUGCUAGUUCUGAUGGGCAAAAAUUGCAAGACAUCCAUGCCCAGAAAUUAAAAACUCUUGAGGCACAGAUUCUGGAUCUUAAGAAGAAACAAGAGAACCAAGUUCAGCUUUUAAAGCAAAAACAAAAAAGUGAUGAAGCAGCAAAGCGAUUACAGGAUGAAAUUCAAUCUAUAAAGGCACAAAAGGUACAGUUGCAACAUAGGAUCAAACAAGAGGCAGAGCAAUUCAGACAGUGGAAGGCCUCUCGAGAAAAGGAACUACUGCAGUUACGGAAGGAAGGGAGAAGAAAUGAAUAUGAAAGGCAUAAGCUACAAACUAUAAACCAACGCCAGAAAAUGGUUCUGCAAAGAAAGACAGAAGAGGCUGCAAUGGCCACCAAAAGGUUAAAAGAGCUGCUUGAAGCUCGAAAAUCUCCUGCACGAGAUAACUCAGCUAUUUCCAAUGGAAAUGGGGCAAAUGGUCAGAGUAAUGAGAAAUCCUUACAACGUUGGCUUGAUCAUGAGCUAGAGGUCAUGGUAAAUGUCCAUGAAGUUCGUUUUGAAUAUGAGAAGCAAAGCCAAGUGCGAGCUGCACUGGCAGAUGAGUUGGCUGUGUUGAAGCAAGUAGAUGAGUUUGCUUCAAAAGGAUUAAGUCCUCCACGAGGAAAGAAUGGAUUUGCAAGGGCUUCUUCGAUGUCACCAAAUGCGAGAAUGGCCAGAAUAUCAUCACUCGAAAACAUGUUGAGCAUAUCGUCUAAUUCACUUGUUGCUAUGGCUUCACAACUUUCAGAAGCAGAAGAGAGAGAGCGUGCAUUUACAAACCGUGGACGUUGGAAUCAACUUCGUUCAAUGGGAGAUGCAAAGAAUUUGCUUCAGUAUAUGUUUAAUUCUCUGGGAGAUGCAAGGUGUCAACUGUGGGAGAAGGAAAUGGAAAUAAAAGAAAUGAAAGAACAAUUCAAAGAACUUGUAGGUCUAUUGCGACAAAGUGAAGCUCAGAGGAAAGAAGUUGAAAAGGAGCUAAAAUUGAGAGAGCAAGCACUUGCGGUUGCUUUGGCUACAGCAGCCUCAGGUGACCAAGAACAGAGGAACUCCCACAAUUCACUGAAGCACUUCAAUGAUGACAUGAGUGGUCCACUGUCUCCAGUGUCUGUGCCAGCACAGAAACAGCUAAAAUAUACGCCAGGAAUUGCUAAUGGUUCUGUCAGAGAGUCAGCAGCAUUCAUAGAUCAGACUAGAAAGAUGGUGCCACUUGGGCAGUUGUCAAUGAGAAAAUUAGCAGUUGUGGGACAAGGUGGGAAGUUAUGGAGGUGGAAGAGAAGUCAUCACCAAUGGCUUUUACAAUUCAAAUGGAAGUGGCAGAAACCAUGGAGACUGUCGGAAUUGAUCAGGCACAGUGAUGAAACGGUUAUAAGGGCAAAGCCUCGUCCACAGGCUCUGCCACGUAAAAAUGCUUCUGAACAGGCUAUUGCAAAACCAUGCCUGCCAAGAAUUCUUGCUCAAAACAUCUUUUUACAUGUGGUAACUACAUUAAUGGAAAUUUCUUGUUGGGAAACACCAGCUGAUAGAAAUUAUAAGAUGUGCCUUGUUGGUCAAAUUAGUUCCUGGGAAUAUGACUGGAUAGCUUUAGGGUAG